UUGUUAGGGGAGGUUUGGUUUGCGAUUGCCUGCCUUGUCGAAUGUAUCGUAACGUUCCGAAUAGUUUAUUCUGCUUAGUCUCUGGUGAUAUCAUUUGAACUCACAGUCUAUUGCUAUUCUCUACCUGCCCUCCUCACCUCCGACGAGCUUUCUUCCUCUCCCUCGUUUACCAUAACCUUUCCUAUUUUCCCUAUUCAUCAAGAUGUACAAUCCACAUUCAGCGUACAAAUUUUCCAGUUGUUUAGCAACCCAGAGUUUCUAUUAGGGGGGGACUUGUUGUUGCUGCCAAGUUAUCGUAUUUAUGGUUCUGCAUUUCUUGGAGUGGUCGAAAGUCAUUUAUUUCUGCAAAAGUAAGAACAAAACACCGGGUUUUGGUUAAUGAGUGUUUCAAUUUCCAAAUAUUCUGUUCUGGGGAAGCAUUGAGGUUCUUGAUGCUUGUAAUGAAAUAGAGGAAAGUGUUGCAAAAGUUGAAUUCUCAAUGAAGUAGGUCAAAACUUGCAAAUUAAACUUCCUUGUAUUCCUUGCAAAGACUGGAAAUGCCAUAUGAAAUGCUCUGGGGCUAGCAUGUUGCCUAAUUCUAAGCCUCUAGCAAUAUGAAAGCAGAUUCAGGCUUCUGGGUGGAGGAAACUAAAGAUCAGUUCCCCUUUCCAUUAAAAAGGAAAAGGAGUUUUAAAUCAAAAAAAUUAGAAUUUGUUGGAUGGGGAUCCAAACCUUUGAUUGAAUUUCUACAAUCAAUUGGUAGAGAAACUAGUAGAGAGUACUCUAGGCAUGAGGUGAAUGCCAUUAUCCUUGAUUAUGUAAAUUCUAAUAACCUUCUUAAUCCAAAAAAGAAGAAGAGAAUCUUAUGUGAUGAAAAACUUAAGACUCUUUUUGGAAAGAAAUCAAUUCCUAGGAUUAAGAUUUAUGAUUUGUUGGGAAUGCACUUCAUUGAGAAUCGUGAUGACUCAGAUGAAGAAAGCAGUUCAGCACAGGAGGAUGCAGAAGGGGAGGAUGGUUAUUUGGUAUCAAAGGAAAGGAAGACAUCAAUACCUCAAAAGAAGAAAGUCCAGGAGGCUCCCAAAAGCUGUUUUGCAGCACUGACUUCUCAAAAUAUUAAGCUUAUUUAUUUGAAGAGGACCUUACUUCAGAGUCUCUUGAAGAGCGAUGAGAGCUUUGAAGAUAAAGUAGUGGGCAGCUUUGUGAGGAUCAAAUCUGAUCCAAAUGAUUUCCUCCAGAAAAAUUCUCACCAGCUUCAGCAAGUUACAGGUGUCAAGAAGACAUUUGGGUCUGGAGAUGCUGGUAUGGAAACUUACCUUCAGCUUUCAAAUUGGACAAAAGAUGUUCUCAUAUCUUCAUUGUCGGAGGAUGACUUCUCAGAGGGAGAAUGUGAGGAUUUGCGUGAAAGAGUAAAAGCUGGCUUGCUCAAGAGACUUACUGUUGUGGAGCUUGAAUUAAAGGCCCAUGUUCUACAUGAGGAUAUCACCAAACAUUGGAUUGAAAAAGAAAUCAAAAUGUUACAAAGGCGCAUCGAUCACGCGAAUGAAAAGGGAUGGCGGAGAGAAUUAUAUGAUUACUUGCAGAAAAGGAAGCUGCUCAUGACAGAAAGUGAGCAAGAAAGAUUGUUGUCAGAGAAGCCAAAGGUAGUAGCUGAAGAACUAGAACCUGAAGCUACAAAGGCAGGUGCUUCAGAAAGAGAUGAAGGAAAAAGUGGCUCUCUAGAACCUGAGCAGGCUAGACUUUUUGGUGAGAAUCUAAAGGCAGAAGCUAAAGAACCAGAAAAGGAAACUGUGCUGUUGGAUGCUCCAGAAGAACCAGAAAAGGAAACUAUGCCUUUGGAUGCUCCAGAAAAACCAGAAAAGGAAACUAUGCCAUUGGAUGCUUCAAAAGAACUGGGAGCAGUCAAGUGCUUCCCAGUAUCUACUCUUAGUGAGCCUUCUGAUUUGCUUGCUGCAGGGACGGCCCUUAGUCUGCAAGUUGCGACAAGCCCAACAAGAAACCUGUAUUCUUCUUUUAAAGAAGCAGUGAAGGAAUCUGAGGUCAUUGAAUUGAGUGAUGAUGACGAUGGUGCUAUCGCAAAUGGCAAUCAACUAAUCAGUGCGUGCCCACCCCCUCUAGAUGGAGAGAUAUGGUACUACAUGGAUCCUCAAGGUGCAGUUCAGGGCCCCUUUACGCUAAUCCAAUUGCGUGAAUGGUACUUAUAUUCUUACUUUCAUCCUCAAUUUUGCGUCUGGAAGACUGGGCAAGGCCCGCAGCAAUCUGUCCUGCUGGUUGAUGUGCUUCGCCAAUAUUCGAUGAUCUAGUGUUAGAUUCUUGCAAGUUGUAACCACCCUCCCCCCAACAGAACUAGAAAAACUUGCAUUUGGUGAAUCUAUAAAUUUACUUGAUUAAAGUUUUUUUUUUUUUUUUUUUUGUUCCUGUUUUUGUAAUAGACAGGACAAGAAUGAAGUUUGGGACAAUGUGAUCUCAUGUUUUCAUACAUGCCCCUUUGUUCCAUAGGGCUAAUAUGGUUUUGGGAUCAGACCAAAUUAUAUUAUGCCAGUGUUAUUUUGUCAA